AUGGCCAACUUGCCCGCGGAUGUCCUGGCCGAGCUCAAGGAGACGGCCACGAAGCUGUGCGCUCCGGGCAAGGGGUUCUUGGCCGCCGACGAGUCAGCCGGACCAUGGCUCCGUGCCGGCCAUGCAGAGGCGGCAAAGAUCCCGGAUGUCAUUGAGAACAGGGCCGCCUACCGCUCCAUGUGCUUCUCCACCCCAGGACUCAGCGAGUACAUCAGUGGCGUCAUCCUCCACUGGGAGACCCUUUUCCAGGACGAUGCCAGUGGUAAGCCGAUGGUGGACAUCAUCACAGGCAACGGCAUGAUCCCCGGCAUCAAGGUGGACAAGGCCUACGACAAGAAGGGCAUGUGGGGCACGGAGGUUGGGCCCUUGGGACAUCCAGAGGUUUCCACCAAAGGCCUGGAUGACCUUCAGGAGCGUUGCGCGCAGGCUUACAAGAAAGGAGCCCGCUUCGCCAAAUGGCGCAAUGUGCUCCAGCUUGAUCCCAAGAAAGGACUGCCGAGCGACCUGGCCAUCAUGGACACCGUCCACACGCUGGCACGCUAUGCGUCCAUCUGCCAGAGUGAGCGCUUGGUGCCCAUCGUGGAGCCCGAGAUCGUGCCCAAUGGAGACCACGACAUUGACUACUGUUGCCAGAUGACGGAGAAGGUGUUGUCGGCCCAGUUCAAGGCCCUGGCCGACCACCACAUCUACUUGGAGGGUGCCGUGCUGAAGCCCAACAUGGUCAAGAACGGUCUCAAAGGUCCCAAGGCAAGUGCUGAGACCAUUGCCAAACUCACAGUGCAGACGCUUUUGCGCACGGUGCCAGUGGCCAUGCCAGGCAUUUUCUUCCUCUCUGGUGAGACGGCCCUGAACGAGGACAACGAGGAGGAGGCUACCAUCAACCUCAGCACCAUGCACAAGCUCUACCCGAACCUUCCAUGGCAUCUCUCCUUCUCCUAUGGCAAGGCAUUGCAGAAGACAUGCAUCGUCACUUGGUUGGGCAAGGCGGAGAACAAGGAGGCUGCGCAGAAGGCGCUAAAGGCCCGCUCCAACGCGAACUACGAUGCCGUCUUCGGGAAGUAUGUGAAGGGAUCCUGCGCCAGUGUGGGCACGGACGGUAAUGUGUUGCAGGCAGCCGGACCGUAUUAA